GACAAACCGGAUAAGAAAAUCGCGUUUGGAAAAACAAAAACGCUGUGUUCCGAAUCGAAGACGUCCAUUUUAGAUUUUACCGGAAAAACAAACGCGUCAGAAGGAGAAUCAGUAACCGCGCAGUACACAGCGGUCUGAGUGUGUGUUGGGGAUGAACUGUCGCUCGGAGGUGUUGGAGGUGUCUCUGGAGUCACGGCAGGUGGAUGAGGCCGUGGCGGCGCUGUUACACACCAUCCUCCUGCACCGCAGCACGGGGAAGUUCCACUAUAAGAAGGAGGGGACGUACUGCAUGGGCACGGUGGGGACUCUGGACGUGGACUGCGACUUCAUCGACUUCACCUUCGUCCGGGUUUCAUCAGACGAGCUGGAGCGCAUGAUCAGGAAAACUGUGACGGAGUUUAAGGACGCCUUGGGGAACUCGGGCAGUGACGGAAUGGGACAGAUCUCUCUGGAGUUCUAUCAGAAGAAGAAGUCGCGCUGGCCGUUCUCGGACGAGUGUAUCCCCUGGGAGGUGUGGAACAUCAAGGUGAACGUGGUGAACCUGGCCAACGAGCAGGAGCGACAGAUCUGCCGCGAGAAAGUGGGAGAGAAACUCGGCGAGAAGGUCAUCAACAUCGUGGAGGUCAUCAACCGGCACGAGUAUCUGCCCAAGAUGCCCACGCAGUCCGAGGUGGACAACGUGUUCGACACCAGCCUGAAGGACGUCCAGCCGUAUCUCUACAAGAUCACGUACCAGAUUACGGAUUCUCUCGGGACCUCAGUGAGCACCACCAUGAGGAGGCUCAUUAAAGACACGCUGGCAUUAUAACAGGCUUAUAACCUCCUGUUAAUACGUCAUGAGCACACACACACCCUCCCUCCCUAUUUAUGUCUGUAAUUAAUACUGGAAAUAAACUAGCAGUCAAAAGUUUGUACACCCGAUUAAUGAUGUAUUUUAUUGUUUUAAAGACCUUUAAGUGAAAGCGUUUGGUUUAAAUGUAAAUUCUAAUGCUCAUGUCUACGUUUAAUAGUCACCGCUUUAUAUCGAUGCUUUAUUACCUCGCUGUAUUAAGGACUUUGUAGAAAAGUGUCUGAGGCUCGUGUUGUGUUCAUUCACAGAGUUCAAGCUGAAACGAUACAGAAUGAACAGCGUGUAAUAAGCAGGGGUGUACAAACUUUCACUCACUGGUGUAAAUCUGAGUUCAUGUGAAGCUUUCGUUUUGUACGGCACUAAAACGUGACGACAAUUUUUUUUUCUCAGAAUUAAAUUAAAACGGUGUAAAAAUCCA